UCUGGAACUUCUUUGCCUUCUUAUCUUGUUCACAAAAUCCCAACGCCGCUGCCUAGCAACCUAGUAAAAGUCCAUUUAUGAUGCCAGAAGAAUCCACCUUGGAACACCUGGAAGAAGUGUGAAGAGCCCAUCUGUUUGGGGUCAUCUGAAGAAGGAACAAGAUGAAGCGAUGUGAUUGCACGAGAGAGCAGACACAGCAAGCAUCAGAAUGAAGAGGCGGAGGUAAACCGGUGCCCCCAAACCAGUUAAGACUUCACGUUGUCUCCUUGCAAGCCAGCAGAUGGCUUCUAGGUCAAUGAAGAUGCCCGAUGACUUCAAUAUAUUUUAUCUUCUCAAGGAUGCCCUUUCCUUGGAGAGAUCAGACGAGCCCAUGGAUGAGUCCCGGGAGGAGACCAACCCACAGUACCAAGGGCUGACCGGCCUGCGCAAUGUCGGCAACACCUGCUACAUGAACGCUGUGAUCCAGUGCCUCAGCAGCGUUUCCCCCUUGGUGGAGUAUUUCCUCUCUGGCAAGUAUAUAACAUCAUUGGACAAGGAACAUGGAGAGAUCGCGACUGCCUUCGCUUACCUGAUGAAUGACAUGUGGCUUGGGGACUUUGACUGCGUAUCCCCAGAGGUAUUCAGACUGGUCAUUGGUGAGCAAUAUCCUGCUUUUCUCAAGAAGACCCAGCAAGAUGCCCAAGAGUUUCUGAUUUAUGUAUUGAAUGAACUUCAUGAAGCUCUCAAGAAGUCAACUAAGAGGAGAAGCCAGGGCACCACAUCAACUGCUUGGGAGUCCAGGCCUUCUGUCACGGACUCCUCCAUAAUCACCCGGCUUUUUGAAGGACGCCUCAGCUACUACAUCAUGUGUUUGGAAUGUCAAACCACCACUUACAAAAAUGAGAUAUUCACUGUUUUAUCUCUCCCUAUCCCUUAUGAGACUGAAUGCUCGCUAGAGGAAUGCCUGGAGUGCUUCUUUCAGCAAGACAUGCUGACUUGGAACAACCAGAUCACCUGCUCCUGCUGCGGGACAAAGCAAGAUGCUUCUGUGAAAGCCAGCAUCGCCAAGGCACCCAAGAUCGUGAUCUUUCACUUGAAGAGGUUUGAUUGUCAAGGAAGUUACAAAAAGAAACUGAAAACUGACAUCUACUACCCUCUAAACAACUUGGACCUGUCCCCCUAUAUCUAUCCACUCUUUCGGAAAAAUCCAAAAUACAGCUUAUUUGCUGUGGUGAACCAUUUUGGCGAUUUGGAUGGUGGCCACUACACGGCCUUCUGCAAGCACACAGCCUCCCAGAGCUGGUACAACUUUGAUGACUCUCAAAUCAGUGAAAUUCCAGAACCUGCUCUCCAAACUCCUGCAGCUUAUCUCCUGUUCUACAGCAAUCAAAGUUUCUCUGUGCCAGUGAAAAACUAAUGUGGUUAAGAACAGACAGGAUAGGUACAAACCGGCAACACUGUUAGCAUGAACGUGCCGACACUUGGCAAGUCAGGUUAUGAGUGAUAAUUCAAAGAAGAGCCACUUGCGUUUCUUUCACUGUUCUAACUGUAAGAAAAUGAAUCAGAACCCAGUCCAGGCAGCACCGCUGUUUUCUGCAGUGAAGUGACACAUGCUGGAUGUGAACACGUUUUUAUUAAUCCUGCACGUGAUGUAGCAUAGUCCAAGUUAAAUAAAUGGUUCCUGGACAAC